CUGAAGUAUAAUUCAGCAUUUCAGCUCCACCUCCACCACUACUAUCCAAGUCAGCAGCGGCAGGAACUUGAUCAAAGCUUACUACAUUCCACAUCCUUAGUUGCUUGCAUUCUGGGCUUCACUCAGCUGGGCAUUUGCUAGAUGUAUGUAUGAAGAAUGUGGGAUUAGGUGAUUUAAAGCCACGCAAAGGCUACCAUUUCCCUCAAGGAAGCUGAAAGAUUCUAGCCCUGUAAUUGCUUACUCAAUCCACUGCACGGGGGUUUAGUUCUCACUAACAGUUGUGAUUUGGUUUCAGACUGAGAAAGCUUUUCUGAAGCAGCCAAAGUAUUCUUGAGCUCGAAGUAGACAGGUAAGAGACCUGGAAAGGGAGGCAACCGAUUGUGGGAGAGAAUUGGGCUGGGCUAAAGACCCCAGGGAUGCUAUUGAAGGUAUCACACUCUCAAUUUGUUUAUAUGUUGUGAAAUGAAGUACUGUGAGUAUGAACAUAGUGUUUUAUUUGAUUUGUUUAUGCCGUUUGAUCGAUCUGUUUUGAUGUGGGUGUCAGUGUUUGGAUUGAAAUAUCAGUUCUUGAUCCAAUUGUUUGUGAUUUCUUAUUUAUAUGGAUAUGUAAAUGUGUACCCUCUGUUUGAUGUCUUUGUCUAUAUGGAGUUUUGUUCUUUGUUAUUGGAUGGGUUGAAUUCUCAUACAAUUGCCAGAACGAUUUACAUUCUAUUCAGGACCACACUUGCUGGAAAGAUUUGCAGCAUGUCCUUCUGAUCUUGUACCAGUGAAAGUUCUAUAGCGUUCCCGAGUAUUGAAGCUCUGGAAACUGUGAACGAUAGAUCACAUUGCAGUUGAAUACAGAGUAUAAGAAAGAAGUGCAGAUUAAUGGCUUCACCUGCAAUAGACCUUCUGAUCGGCAAAAUAGUAUCAUUUCUUGAAAGUGAAGUCUCAUUGCUAGAAGGAGUUCAUGAUGAGCUACACAAAGUCAAGCUUGAGCUAUUAACCAUGAAAGCCUUCUUGGAGGAUGCAGAAAGGAAGGGAGCUCUGAGUGAAGUAGAGAAAACAUGGGUGGCAAAUGUAAGAGAUGUCUCCAUUGAUGUCGAAGAGAUCAUUGAUGAGUUUACGUACGAGACAAACAAGCGAAGAAGUUGGGGUCCGUUCACAGGAGCCUUUUGGAAGACGCUUCGCCUCCCACAGAACAUCUGGGAGAGGCAUAGGAUUGCCACCAAAUUGCAGAAGAUCAUAAAAACAAUCAAAGAUAUUCCAGAGAGAAACCGGCGUUAUGGUUCUGUGCGCAUAGAAGGCAGUACUUCCCACCAUGAUGUGAACCGGAUUAAAGUCUAUGGCGAGUCGUCGCUUUUCUUGAAAGAUGAUGAUCUGGUGGGGAUCACAGAUGCUAGAAAGAAGUUAGUUGGAUGGUUGUUGUCUAGCCAUUCUCAAAGAACUGUGAUUUCAGUUGUAGGAAUGGGGGGUUCGGGCAAGACGACCUUAGUUGCAAGCACCUUCAACAAUCAAACUGUACAGCAACAUUUUGAUUGCUACACGUGGAUUACAGUCUCACAAAGUUAUAUCGUUGAAGAUCUGUUUAGAGUCAUGAUCAAUGAAUUAUUGGCAGCGGCACAAAUAGAUGUUCCUCAGAACUUGAGCAACAUGAGUUACAGACAUUUGGUGGAAAUGCUAGUUCACUACUUGCAGCCACGGAGGUAUAUGAUUGUCUUAGAUGACGUGUGGGACACUAAUCUUUGGAGAUCCAUAGAUGUUGCACUUCCCAAUGGAACUCAUGGUAGCCGGAUCAUGCUUACAACUCGGAACAAAGACAUAGCUUCUUUGGCAUUUGGAGUCGAAAGUCAUGUUCAUCAGGUUGAACCUCUUAAUACAAAUGAGGCUUGGGAUCUUUUCUCCAGAAGAGCAUUCUCUGGUGGGAGUGACAAGUCUUGUCCACCAGAGCUUCAAAUCAUAGCUAGGGAGCUCGUAGGAAAAUGUGAAGGCUUACCUCUAGGACUUGUGGCUUUGGGUUCUCUCAUGUCAACCAAAAGAUUUGUGUCCGAGUGGAAGAAAGUUUACAAUAGCAUGAGUUGGGAGCUCAGCAAUAAUCCGACACUUGAAGUAGUGAAGAGCAUUUUGUUGCUAAGCUUCAAUGAUCUACCUUACCGACUCAAGCACUGCUUCUUAUAUUUCUGCAUUUUUCCUGAAGAUUAUGCAAUUAAGUGCAAAAGGCUAGUUCGGUUGUGGAUAGCAGAGGGGUUUGUUGAAGAAGUUAGAGGGGGUCAGCCAGAAGAGAUAGCUGAGAGCUACCUAGCAGAGCUAACUUGCCGCUGUAUGCUUCAAGUGGUUGAGAGGGAACCAUCUGGAAAGGCAAAAAAAUUUAAAAUGCAUGACCUUCUGCGAGAACUUGCCAUUUCAAUUUCAGAAGCAGAGAAGUUUUGUACUGUGUAUAAUGAGAAAGAAACAAAUGAAGAGAGACAAGCUCCACGCCGCCUUUCAAUACAAGGAAGCUCUGGAAAAGUACGAGCACACAAAGACAUGACAAAGGUACGCUCAUUCUUUGUCUUUGCUCCUAAGAUGAUGGCCUCUUCUUCUUCUUUGGAAAAAGUAUUACCAUCUGGUUUCAAACUGUUGAGGGUCUUGGAUCUUAAAUAUGUUCCGAUCCAGGAAUUGCCAGAUGAAAUAAUGAAGUGCUUUAACUUGACGAGUUUGAACUUGAAAGGGACAGAAGUAAGAAAGCUACCAAAACGCAUGGGGAAUCUUCAGAACUUGGAAACAAUGGAUAUUAGGGACUCCAAUAUAAGGGAACUUCCAGUUGGAAUUGUGAAGUUACAGAAGUUGCGACAUCUUUUCAUGUACCAUUUCAAUUAUGGAGCUUACAAGUCUUUUAAUAGCUUUCAAGGCACAAGAGCACCAGCAGGCAUAUGUAAGCUACAGAGUCUGCAAAUUUUGGAUUCAAUCGAGGCGGGAAGUGAGUUGAUCAAACAGCUUCAGCACAUGACCCAACUCACUGCAUUAGGCUUAGCGAAUGUGAAGGAAGCCGAUGAGAUAGACUUGUGCAAGUCAAUCGAAAGCAUGAAACUGAUGGAAUGCUUAACCGUCAAGACAAGUAGUGAGGAUGAGGUGUUACGCAUGGAUGCAUUGUUGUCGGCUCCUCCUCUGCUGAAAACACUUGUUUUAACUGGAAAGUUAAACAAGGUUCCGCUCUGGUUUGCUUCUCUUGAGAGCCUUACCGUCUUAUAUUUGCAUUGGUCCAGAUCAACAGAAGACUUUCUUCCUCACAUUCAUGCACUACCUAAUUUGACCAAACUUUGGCUAUGCAAUGCAUAUGUAGGAAACCAGUUGCUCUUUCAAACUGGAUUCCAAAAGCUUUCUGGUUUGUACAUAACCAAUUUUCCUCAGUUGAAUCUGAUCACCAUAGAGAAGGGGGUGAUGCCAGCACUGAAGACUCUGGACAUUUCUGAAUGCAUGGAGUUAAAGCGAUUGCCUCGCGGAAUCAAACUUCUGACAUGUCUCCAGAAGUUGCAUCUGCACACGGUUCCCAAUGAACUUGUGGAGCGCAUGCGCCGAGAACGAGGUGUGGAUCAUUCAGAGGUUAAACACAUCUCCGAAAUUCGUCUUUUCCACUAAAAGGAGUUUCCUUCUCUACAAUAAAGUGAGACAUGUUCCUGUAGUCUGAUCUUAUUCAAAUAUGUGUAUCAUGUUCUCAUCAAUUAGAAAUUUAGAAUUGCUUCCAAAUUACAUAAAUUCUAGUACUUUGCCUCACCUUUCGUAAUUAGCUGAAGACAGGUCAUGGCUAGCUACAUGGACUUCACAGAGUUGACUACACCACCAGUUGAUCUUUUAGUCCAGCCCUCACCUACUUGGCUACUUCCCUCAUCAGACAAAUGAUAGAGACUACCACUGGACUUCAUUCUUCUCACUUGGACCGUCCAUCAUUUAAAUGAAAGAGUUGAUUAAUAUUUGUAACGGCCUUCAUAAAUUGCUCCUUAAUUAUGUCACAAACUGACAAUUGCAGUAGUGGACUUCUAUUUUUGUCACUAGGGAAUUUGA